AUGGAUGUGGCACAUAGGGUAAAUGUAGCUUGGCUGAGAUGGAGGUCGCUCUCGGGGGUACUCUGUGACCGCCGUGUGCCGAUAAAGACUAAAGGCAAGGUCUACAAAACAGCUGUGAGACCUGCUAUGGUGUAUGGUGCAGAAUGCUGGACGAUCAAACAAGUGCAUGAACAAAAACUCCAUGUCAAUGAGAUGAAGAUGCUGAGAUGGGCGGCCGGUGUGACGAGACUCGAUAAAGUACGUAACGAACACAUCAGAGGAAGCUACAAGGUCGCCCCCAUCACCGACAAGAUUCAAGAAUCGCGCUUGAGAUGGUACGGGCAUAUCAUGAGACGCGACGAAGACCAUGUCGUGAGGAAAGCCCUUGCAUUGCCGAAUAAUAAGAGAGGCAGAGGUCGUCCGCCUGCUACGUGGUGGUCCACCAUAUCAAUGGAUUUGAAACAGGCCCAGUUGAACAAAGAGACAACCCAGGAUCGCCCGACCUGGCGCUUGAGAACGAGGAGGGCCGACCCCAAAUAA